GAGAUCUCUUCUCCAGCUUGUGGCGCACACAAAAAGAGAGCCCAAAGCAAAGGGGUGAAAAUCUGCCGCUUUGAUCUAAUUAAACUCCGAUUAAAACCGCGCCGCUUGGAAUUGGACCAGAUUAGUCGCUGGGCAACGGUCGAACGGAGAAGAUUCGGUUUCGGUUAUUUUCGGUGGUACUCAGGUGGUACUCGAGUGUUUGUGGUACCUACUAACAGUUAGGGGAUUGGCUAUAGCCAGCUAGUGAAUCGAAGAUAAUAAGUGCAAUUUGGAGAAUCUAUCAAUCAAAAUGAACAGUGCAUUCAUCAUAUGGCAGCUAUUGCUAGUCAUUUCGUUUGUGAUAGCCAGCCCGGAAAUAGCAACGCAGACCAAUGGCUUCAACGGCUACAACUAUCCAAAACCAUCGAUUCCAUUCAACCCUGGUUAUGUUUAUUCUACACCAAGUUGUCCACUGAAUCUACCCAGCACACACUACGUCACUGUCCCAGUUACGGAAACCAGCAUAGUUCUGACGACACUGCCACCAUUGACAGUUACCCUUCCCCGGCAAACCGAAUAUUACACCAAAACCGAACUUCAAAUCAGCACCGCAAUCAAUUAUCUCACCUCAACGACGACUGAAUUCCGAAUCCAACCGACAACAGUCACUGCAUACAUAACUUCCACUUAUUGUGCACCGAAAACAUAUCUACCACCUCCACCCCCACAAAACACCUACCUCCCAACAAUCACCACACCUCCCCCUCCACCCCCUACACCAUCGAACACAUAUCUUCCAGCGGAUCCACCUCAACGAUACUUCAACGUUGAGAAUACGACUCCAAACUCAUUUCUGCAGAGUUUUAACUUUGCUCAGGCUGGCCCCAUCAAGCGGAUGGCCAACGACAUUGACGACAGUUCGGUAGAUUCCGAAGACGAAGUCAACCUUCUGGGAGGAAAUGUUGAGCAGUUUCAAGAAAAUGCCGCUAGUUCCCCAAAUCAGCAGCAGCAACAACAGCUCCCCGCCAUCAAUAUCAUCUACUUCGAUCGUAGUGAACCCACCCCUAAUAAUGAUCGUAAUGCGACGGCCGCCGGACCACCAACUGACCUCAUGAAUUGGCUGCUUUGCCGAUUCAAUCUCGCCAAUAAGACUUGUGUCAACUGAAUGGAGAAGAAUCCACCACGAUUGUGUGGGGGCGAUGGCGUUUUUGUGGCGCUUAAUCAAACACGAAAGAGUUAAAGCGUGAGAAUAAUAUGCAUGGGAUCUAUGGCACAUUCAAACCCAAGAGUGAUAAUGGAGUAUAUGAUGGUAAAUGUAUUGUAAAUUGUAAAA